GGUAGAUAUAUUGGCAAGGGAGCAGGGGGGUCGGUCCGAUUAAUCAGACGCUCCGUAGACCAAAAGACUUUUGCAGUCAAGCAGUUUCGUAAACGACUGAGCCAAGAAAGCGAAAAGGACUACAUCAAAAAGGUCACUGCAGAGUUCUGCAUCGGCUCUACUUUGCACCAUCCAAACGUAAUCGAAACCCUCGACAUCAUCCAGGAAGGUCCUAAUUUCUUUGAGAUUAUGGAGUACGCUCCCAACGAUCUGUUCAGUGUCGUGAUGAGCGGAAUGAUGUCCCGCGAAGAGAUUGCCUGUUGCUGGCGCCAAUUGUUGGACGGUGUUGGCUAUCUGCACAGCGUAGGAAUCGCCCACCGCGACCUCAAGCUGGACAAUCUGGUCCUCGACCAUGUUGGGAUCCUAAAGAUCAUCGACUUUGGCUGCUCGAGUGUGUUCAAGUACCCCUUUGAGGACCACAUCACCAUGUCCAAGGGAAUCUUUGGCUCCGAUCCUUACAUUGCCCCAGAACAGUACACACAGCCACACUACGAUCCGCGCCAGAGCGAUAUCUGGUCCUGUGGAAUUGUGUUUGUGUGCAUGACGAUCCGCAGAUUCCCAUGGCGCUAUCCGCGAAUGUCGGACCCGUCCUUCAAGGCAUUUGCAACAAACCAGAACCAGCAGCAGUUUCGGCUCCUCAAACUCUUGCCUCGGGAUUCGCGAGCCCUGUUGGCAGCCGUUCUCAAUCUAGACCCAGCCAAGAGACCAACCAUUGAGGCUAUGCGAGACGACAGAUGGACGCAGCAGAUUGAUGUCUGCACCCCAAUCGAACCAGGAUCUCGCCAUGUCCACCACGUC